CUGCCCCUCUUUUCGUCCCAAUCUCGCCCCUGUCCCCCCUCUCUCGUUUCUCGGUCUCAACUCAACUCGCUAAAUCGGAAAAUGGGAGAAUGAUGCAACUUGUGUAAUCAUGCUCGGGCUUAGCAGAACAUGUUGCUUCCGCUUUUUGUAAGCUUUUCAGGGUGAGCAGCUGGUUGGUACGCUCUUGAACCAGGCAUGGCCAUGAUGCUGCUGGCGCGCAGCCUCCGCUCGCCGCUUGCCGUGGGGGCGGCGGCGUUCUCCUCGGCGCCGGCGGCGUCGGCGGCCGCGGCCGCGGCCGCGGCGGAGCGGGCGAUACUGGACGGGCCGCGGAACGACUGGAGCCGACCCGAGAUCCAGGCCGUGUACGACUCCCCGCUUCUCGACCUCCUCUUCCACGGGGCUCAGGUCCACAGAAAUGUACACAAAUUCAGAGAAGUGCAGCAGUGCACACUUCUUUCAAUAAAGACUGGUGGGUGCAGUGAAGAUUGUUCUUACUGUCCUCAGUCAUCAAGAUACAAUACUGGAUUGAAGGCCCAAAAAUUGAUGAACAAAGAUGCUAUCUUAGAAGCAGCAAUAAAGGCAAAAGAGGCUGGGAGCACCCGCUUUUGCAUGGGAGCAGCAUGGAGAGAAACCAUCGGCAGGAAAACAAAUUUCAACCAGAUUCUUGAAUAUGUCAAGGAAAUAAGGGGUAUGGGCAUGGAGGUCUGUUGCACGUUGGGCAUGAUAGAGAAACAACAAGCUGAAGAACUCAAGAAGGCUGGACUUACAGCUUAUAAUCAUAAUCUAGAUACAUCAAGAGAGUAUUAUCCCAAUAUUAUUACCACGAGAUCAUAUGAUGAUAGACUACAGACUCUUCAGCAUGUCCGUGAAGCUGGAAUAAGCAUCUGUUCAGGUGGAAUCAUCGGUCUUGGAGAAGCAGAGGAGGACCGUGUAGGGUUGUUGCAUACUCUAGCCACCUUGCCUACACACCCAGAGAGUGUUCCUAUUAAUGCAUUGGUUGCUGUAAAAGGCACACCUCUUGAAGAUCAGAAGCCUGUAGAGAUCUGGGAAAUGAUCCGCAUGAUCGCCACUGCCCGGAUCGUGAUGCCAAAGGCAAUGGUAAGGCUCUCAGCAGGCCGCGUACGGUUCUCCAUGCCAGAGCAAGCACUCUGCUUCCUUGCUGGGGCCAACUCCAUUUUUGCUGGCGAGAAGCUCCUCACGACAGCGAACAACGACUUCGAUGCAGACCAGGCGAUGUUCAAGAUCCUCGGCCUAAUUCCCAAGGCCCCAAGCUUCGGUAACGAAGAGGAGGCGGCUCCUGCUGACACUGAGAGGUCCGAGCAAGCCGCUUCGAUGUAAAACAUCAUUACAGAUCUUAUGUAGCACAGUUAGUGCAUAAAAAAACUAGCACUGUUGAUGUAUUUAAAGCAUAUUGUAUUGUAGAAACCACUACACUAUCUAGUCUCUCGAGACUGAUCAGAAAUAAAAUAGGGGAUGAAAAAUAUGUGAUGUAUUUCAGUUA